UCAUCCUAGAGCGCUGGGUCAGCAGCCUUCAAAGGCCCCAGGUUUCUUUGGCGCAGGCUCUAUCGCGUUGGGACCUGUACCGUUACCAGGAAUCGUAGGGAGGACGCCAAGGGACCCAGGAAACCUAAAAAUGGACUUGGUGGCCUUUGAGGAUGUGAGUGUGAAGUUCACCCUGGAGGAGUGGGCUCUACUGGAUUCUUCACAGAAGAAACUCUACAGGGAUGUGAUGAGGGAAACCUUCAGGAACUUGGCCUCAAUAGGAGAAAUAUGCAAAGACCGUGACAUUGAAGAUCACUACAAACAUCACGGGACAAAUUUAAGCAGUCACAUAGUAGAGAGACUGGGUAAAAGUAAACAAGGUAGUCAAUGUGGAGAAAACUUCAGUCAGAUUCCAAAUCACAACCAGAAAAAGAAAACUUCUACUGGAAUAAAACUAUGUGAAUGCAGUGUGUGUGGAAUCUUCAUGAAUCAUUCAUUCUUUAACAGGCAUAUGAGAUCUCAUACUACACCCAAAUCAUUUGAGUAUCUGGAAUAUGAGGAAAAGCCAUAUAAAUGUAAGGAAUGUGGGAAAGCCUUCAAGUAUCGCCAAUCCUUUCGAAGGCAUGAAAGGAUUCACACUGGAGUGAAACCCUAUCUUUGUAAGCACUGUGAUAAAGCCUUCAGUUGCCUCAGUUAUUGUCGAACUCAUGAACUGUCUCACACAGGAGAGAAACCGUAUAAAUGUAAGCAGUGUGGCAAAGCUUUCAGUUGUCCCAGUUACUUUAGAAAACAUGAAAGAACUCACACUGGAGAGAAACCUUAUGAGUGUAAGCAAUGUGGUAAAGCCUUCAGCUGCUUUACAUCCUUUCAAAGUCAUGAAAGGCGGCACAGUGGAGAAAAGCCCUAUGAAUGUAAAAAAUGUGGCAAAGCCUUCAGUUGUCCAAGUUACUUUCGAAAACAUAAAAGAAUUCAUACUGGAGAGAAACCCUAUAAAUGUCAGCAAUGUGGUAAAGGCUUCAGUUGUUCUAGAUCCUUUCGAAGUCACGAAAGGAGACACAGUGGAGAAAAGCCCUAUAAAUGUAAAAAAUGCGGUAAAGCCUUCAGUUGUCCAAGUUACUUUCGAAAACAUGAGCGGAGUCAUACUGGAGAGAAGCUCUAUGAAUGUAAGGAAUGUGGCAAAGCCUUCAGUUGUCCAAGCUACUUUCGAAAACAUGAAAGGAAUCACACUGGAGAGAAACCCUAUGAAUGUAAGGAGUGCGGAAAAGCCUUGAGUUCUCUCACCAACUUUCGAAGACACAUGAUGAAGCACACUGGAGAUGGGCCUUACAAGUGCAAGGAGUGUGGGAAAGUCUUUGAUUGCCCAAAUUACUUUCGGUAUCAUGAAAGCACACACAGUGGAGAAAAGCCAUAUGAAUGUGUGGAAUGUGGUAAAUCCUUCAGUACUCCCAGGUCUCUUCAAAAUCAUGAAAGAUCUCAUACUAGAAAAAAACCUCAUGAAUGUAAGGAAUGUGGUAAAGCCUUCAGUUUUCCCUGUUCCCUUCAAAAGCAUGAAAGAAGUCACACUGGGGAGAAGCCCUACGAAUGUAAGCAAUGUGGGAAAGCAUUCACUUACCUCAGUUCCAUUCAAAAACAUGAAAGGACUCAUAGUGGAGAGAAGCCCUAUGAAUGUAAGGAAUGUGGGAAGGCCUUCAUUUCUCUUUCCAAUGUUCAAAGACACAUGAUAAAGCACACUGGAGAUGGGCCUUGCAAGUGUAAGGAAUGUGGGAAAGCCUUUGAUUGUCCUAGCUCACUAAGAACACAUGAAAGAACUCACACUGGAGAGAAACCCUAUCGAUGUAAUGAUUGUAAUAAAGCCUUCAGUCGUCCCAGUUCUUUACGAAAUCAUGAAAGAACUCAUACCUAAGAAAAAAAUCUAUGAAUACUCCAAGGAAUGUGAGAGAGACUUUUGUGAAAAUGUAAGAAUCACACUGGAGAGAUACCCUUUGUGUGUAAAGAAUGUGUAAAAGCCUUUAGUUUUCUCAUUUCCUUGGGAAGCUAUACACACAACCUCACAGUGGAGAAAAUUCUACUAAAUGUAAACAAUAUAGGAAAACUUUCACAUCUCAAAUCUCUACCAUGUGAGAGUGUAUACUGGGUAGAAAUUAUGUAACUGAAAAAUAAGACAAUUUUUAUUUUAUCAAAUAUUUUCAAAGUAAUGUGAAAACUGCAUUGGAAAUAUAUAAAUUAUAUUCAUGUAAUUAAUAUGGAUAGCCUAUUGAAAAUUAAUUCAUGUAGGAUACUCUAGAAAUGUCAUGACAUGAAAAAAAUAUUAUAAACAUACAUACAUGGUCUUUAUUACUGACCUGUUCUUUAAGUAAUUUUCUAUAUUAUGGAGUUCUACUUAAUUUUGCAAGUAAAUACUGAAUUGUAGAUUUGUGGGUGAAUUGAAGUGUAUUUCUCACAUGCAAGUAGGUUUAAUUUUUUAUAUCAUUUUGUAAGUGACCUGUAAGGAAAGGACCAUUGGAAAAUGACAUUUUGGUAUUUGUUGGGUUUUUUUUUCUUUCUACUGGCCUCCUAUGGCAAGUCUGGAUAUGUUUUACCCUUUCAUAUCUCAUAUAUAUAUAUAUUCCAGCUUCCUUUCUUAACAGAAAAUUACCUUUUCAUUUGCCUGAAGAGCUUUAUUUUGUUUUCCUUGUAAAUAAAUGAAUUUGUAAGUGUGCACAGUU